AUCGUUUGAGUCUAGGAUUUCAGCUAAAACUAAUCUAACCAAAACAAUUUCUCUUUCCUUUGAUAUGAGCUGUGUAACACCCCGAAUUUUGGGUUCAGGUUCGACCAGAAUACGUGAACGGUUGGGUUAACAGUUACGUACGAAGGAUUACAAUCGCGGGAUAGGAAUAAUAAUAAUAAUAACAUAAUUGUUAUUAUUAUUAUUAAUUUUUUUUAAAGUAAUGGGACGGGAGGGCCGAGCCGCCACAAUCCUAAACCCCUCCCCAUUAUUUCUUUUCCCCAACCCUUUUCCGAGAAGAAAUGGGCUACGACGAACCCAAAAACCCUAGCAAAUGGCGGUUCACAUGGGAAGCUCAAUCUCACGCCCCGAACCUAAAGCUGUUCGUCCUCGAUUUGGGAGAUUGGGGCUUUGCAGAAUUGUUUGACGGAGAGUCUGAAUUCGGCCACCAUUUGGAGGAGCCCUUCCACCAUUGCUUCGUCGGUCACUGGGAGAAUGGAUGGAUGAUGAUUCGAGUUGUUGUUUUGUGAGUACCCAUCGAUUGAUUUGGCCGGCAUCGAGUACUGACUCCCUGGAAAUGGCUCAUCCUCGUAGCUCUGUGCAUUGAAAGUUAAAUUCGGGAGUAAAACUGCUUUUUGUAAGUAGACGAAGAUGAUCUAGACAAGAGCGACACCACAAAGGAUAGAGCAUAUAUCGACUCGAAGUUAAGGUGAGUGUAAAGGGGGUAAAUUCUAUGCCUUACGGUUUUUCAAGUAUUUGCUUUGGGUAUUUUUAAGUAUUGAUGUACGUGACGUGCGUGCCGUAUUUGAUUCAUGUUUGAUAUUACAUGAUUAUGUUUGAUUAUUUGUGCUUUGCUUGAGCUAUGAUACGAGGUGAUUUUGUGCUAUUUACCUUAAAGCGUUAUGUUUGAGUUAUUGUUAAAGUUUAAGAAACAAGUUCUUUUUAAGAAGUAACUCAUCUUCAAGAAGGUGAGGUCGUUUUAAGUGUUUUUAGUCACUAGCGCCAGUUCGUUGCUGACUCGACUCUACUGUCACUCCAGGAAUUGGCCAAGUGAAACCACUUCCUAAAGCGUAGUAUAGCGGGUUUGGGUUUAAUUAUCAACUCGGGUCCUAGAUCUGAUGACUACUCAGUGAAUUCUUGUUAUCUAGCAAUGAAACUGGCAUGCAAGUCUAAACUAUCAAACUAACAAAGCAAGUAAACUGUUGUAUUCAGGUUAAGAGAGGUCACCCGGAUAUGGUUCCCCCUAGACUGCAGUUAAGCCGGAUUGUAAUUACCAAGUUCAGUUUCUAUGACAGUUAUACUGCGGAAGGUUUUUGAACAGCCUGAAGUCUCGACUAAAAGUCUUCAGACCCUCUCAAUCUGAAUCUCUAGCGGGCGACUAACCUCCACCGGAGUAGACAAAUUGAGGCCUUAAGAACAAAACCUCCACUACCGGAGUAAAUCCGGUACAGAAUAGUGAGUUGGUUCCUCGACUAAAGUCACCAACUCCCUACCUUCAAUCAAGGAUACUCUAUUAACCUAGGCAGAUAUUCUCAUUCUAGGUUAAAGCAGAAACAACAGGAAUUUGAUCAGGAUUCAUGCCAUUCAAUCAUUCAAACCUCAAUCGAAUAUAAUCAAAUCAUAGAAUCAGUACUUGGGUUCAUACAAUCAAAGCCUAACAUACAAAUCUAGGGUUCUCCAUACCCAGAAGAAUGGGAGAACUACUCCAUGGAGAAGAAAGCAAAAGCAGAAUCAGACGCAGAAUUCAUACUGUGAAGGAUGGAUUCCUGCUCCUGGAUGUUGAUCGGCACUUCUCCAAGCUCAAACUGGCCUCCAAUGGUGUUGAAGAUCAAUCUAGGGCGCUUGGGAACUCUUGCUCGUCACUUUCUCUCUCUAGGAAUCGUUCUAUCUCUCAAAAACUCGAAUCCCCUUGACUUGUGGCUGAAAAUCUGCUUAAAAGCAUCAGUGGCCAAAGCACGGUCGUGCCCUCGACCGUGCUUUGCCUCAGCCCGCCCGUGCUUUGGCUAGUGUUAAUUACACGGCCAGUGCAUUGGGAGAAACACGGCCGUGCUUUGGUGGAACACGGCCGUGCUUUGGUGGAACACGGCCGUGCUUUGGUGGAACACGCCCGUGCUUUGGUAGAACACGCCCGUGCUUUGGUGAAGCACGCCCGUGUUCUAUCUCAGCCCUGCCCGUGUAAUCAGCUCAGCUCUCGGCAUAAAAAGCACGGCCACCAGAACACGGCCGUGUAAUGAUUUAGGUGUGCCCGUGUUUUGGCUCCAGCUCACCGAAAUGACUUCCGAAUGCCCCGAAACUCGCGCUUAGCCUUCCCUUUGACACCUGGGACCUGAAACAUGACAAAAUAGCACAACCCGGCGUAAAAUAGGCCACAAUACACGACUAUGCCCCUC